UCUUUAUUAUCCAUGGAAUUCAGACUUCAUAUGAAUUCAAAACAUUAAAACAUGUAUUCUAGAUAAUUGUACGUAGUACUUGAGGCAUUGACAGCCCCUAGUCUUGCUUAUCUAGAGCGCUCGGUGUUUGAAUUUCCAUAAGAAUACCUGAUUUGUCAUCUUAGCUUAUUAGAAACAGGGCAGCGCUGCAACAAAAUGAUACAAAGAAUGCACAAUCACGGACACUUAUAGGACAAUUACAGGUCAUUCUAUUAUGCUCCUGGUUGUUGUGAGGCGUUGUUACAAUACUGGAUACACGAAGGACACUGGGUUAGGGCAGGGCACAUGAUAGUAUCGGUUUUACAUGGUUGUGCAUAAAUCCCACAACAAUGAUGCUGUACCGGUGCUACAUGACUAACAUCCCAUCCUAACACGAGAAGGAAGCCGUUCCCCAGGCGCUGCGUUGUUCUGUCCCAUUCCUGCCGCGUCCCACAGCAGCUUGUGCCCGGCAGGCGUUUUUCACUUGACUCGGCACGACCCGCGCGCACCAACAAUACCGGCGUGACCCGGGGCACGUCCCAGUCAGCGCGACAUCUCCCCACAUUCUGGUUAGAUCAGUUCUGGACGCGGCCACGACGCCACUGUCCCGCUGUCUCUCUCACAAUUCCACACGGUUUCUCAUCUCAGGACCUGGUUACACGUUAACCAGGACGCGACGUAAGGUAGCUAACGACCGUUCCAGGCGGUUUAAGGAGCGCUGCGGAGCCGCCAGGAGCCAUGUUUACCCCGCUGCUGAGCGGACUGCUGGCGCUGUUCUGUGUCGGGACUGCAGUCGGGCUCGACCCAGGCCAGGUGUUCCUUGCCGAGUCCUCCGACGGCCAGUAUGGGAUCGACUUCUGGACUGCCGACAACUUCUGUACCCAAAACUACGGCAACCUGGUCAAGACGGCCACGUUUGACAACCUCAAACUGACCUGGGAGCGAGGACUGGACCUGUGCAGGAACGGCUGGCUGAAUGACGGGACGGUGGCCCAGCCCACACACUUCUCCCGGCGGGGGUGUACCGACAGGGGCGUCAGCCGCCUCAGCAGUCACCAGUGGAGCGAGAAGUUCGACGUCUGGUGCAUCGUGGAGAGACAGACUCAAUGUGUCACCAUCGGUCAGUUCUCGUGCGGAAACGGUCUGUGUGUUCCCAACUGGGCGAGGUGUGACGGCGUCAACAACUGUGGAGACAACAGCGACGAACAACAAUGCGGUGGAGUGUUCCUGUACCCUGCCAUGUCGGCAGACUCUGCUGUCAACUUCUGGAGCGCAGCGAAGACUUGUGAGGCUGUGGGAGCUCGUCUGGCAAGGUGGCAGGACCUGACGGAACAAUGGGCCAAGGGGCUGGAUAUAUGCAGGUCUGGAUGGCUUCAAGACGGCGCUACAGCCCGACCCAUCCACAAGGAGCGUGAGGACUGUGGUGUGGUUGGAGUCAGCCAUGACGCAAACGUGAUGUGGAACAACAAGCAUGACGCCUGGUGCAAGGCACUCAGCAGCAACUUUGCCUGUGAGUCUGUAUCCCAGUACACCUGCAACAACCUGAACUGUGUUCCCAAGUGGGCGAUGUGUGACGGGGUGGACAACUGUGGAGACUUCAGCGAUGAGCUGCCAGACCGCUGUGGAAAGAUUGCUGGCAAACCUACCUCCGACCGGCAGGCUCCUGUGGGUGCCAGUAAGGUGGUUCUGCUGUCCAGUGAGCAGGGUGGGAACACCAUCACCUUCCUGCAGGCUGCCACCAGGUGUGUGCAGGCGGGGAUGCAGCUUGCAUCAUGGGAAGAGCUCCGGGACACAUGGAAUGCUGGGCUGGACCUCUGCAGGAAUGGCUGGCUGUUGGAUGGAACAGUUGCCCACCCCAUCCACACUGCCCGAGAGAACUGUGAGGAAGUUGGAGUGAACCAUGACGGGAGCCAUGAGUACACCGAGAAGUACAAUGUCUGGUGCAGGGCUUCCAAGGACUAUGAUUGCAAUGGUGUUGACCAGUUCAGCUGCUCUAAUGGCCUGUGUGUCCCACACUGGGCCAACUGUGACAGAGUCAACAACUGUGGGGACAACAGCGAUGAGCAGCACUGUGUAGGCUUGCAGGGCUUAGCUGUGCAUAAAGAGGACGCUGUCAAAGGGUUACGGGAUUCAAAUGGUGACUCAGAUGAAUCUUCAGGCUCUGCCUUCCUGUACCCCGCCCGCGGCUCCCCUGCCGUGACCUUUGACCAGGCGGAAUCGGUCUGCUCAGCUGUCGGUGCGCGAGUGGCCAGCUGGGAGGACCUGAGGGACACCUGGCUGAAGGGCCUGGACAUUUGCAUGAUGGGGUGGCUGGCGGAUGGCACAGUGGCCCAUCCAGUCCACACCAGUCGUUCAAGUUGUGGCGACUCUCAAAUCACUCACGAGGGUUCCCGUGAACACUCUGAGAAGUUCUAUGUAUGGUGCCAGCCAAAGGAAAAGAGCUUUUCCUGUAGUGACAUCAUGCAGGAUACCUGUGAUAACGGACUGUGUAUACCAACCUCCGUGAAAUGUGACGGGAUCGACAACUGUGGGGACGGCAGUGAUGAGAAGUGUGAUGGACAGAAGACUUCAAUGAAGAGUGGACAUGCCUUCCUGUACGAGGGAAACCGGGUGUUUGAUUCCCGUUUGGACCAGGACAUGUAUGCCUUCGCCCUAGCAGAGACCAAGUGUGCCGAGUUUGAUGCCGAAGUCGCAUCGUUGGAUGACCUGAGGGAUGCCUGGGAAGCUGGCCUGGACCUCUGCAUGCAAGGCUGGCUGAGUGACCUGAGCGUUGCCCACCCUGUCCACUUCCCACGGGAGGGGUGCACAGAGAUGGGCCUGAACCAGAGGAGCGGUGUAGAUGUGCUAGAGGAGUUCCACGUGUGGUGCAAGCCAAAGUCUGUUGUUGCCUGUGACCAGAUUAACCAGUUUGGAUGUAGCAGUGGCUUGUGCAUACCUGAGUGGGCCAGGUGUGAUGGUAUCAACAACUGUGGGGACAACAGUGAUGAGAGCAACUGUGGACACGUGUUCCUGUACCCCGGGAAGGAGAAUGACGUGUCAGGUCAGGUGACCUUCUGGAUGGCAGAGCAAACCUGUGCCAAGGUCGGUGCUAGAGUUGCAUCAUGGGAAGACAUGUACAACACCUGGCAGCUUGGUCUGGAUAUCUGCAGAAUGGCUUGGCUGUCAGAUGCGACCACGGUCCACCCAAUCCAUGCCGCUCGCGAGAACUGCGGUGACCCUGGACUGAUCCAUUACGGCCAGCACGAGUACAGCAGUGUGUUUGACAUCUGGUGCCAGCCUGUGGAGGAAGGGUGGGACUGCUCCAAGGUGGACCAGUUCAGCUGUACCAAUGGCCUGUGCAUCCCAGACUGGCUACGAUGUGACGGAGUCGACAACUGUGGGGACAGCAGUGAUGAGAAGUGUGAUGGAAGCGAAAGUGGAGAUCAGAUGGUGUUCCUGGUGGAGGGUGAGGGUGGGGAACAGUCCGUCACCUUCCUAGACGCUCCCGAGGCGUGUGCCAAGUACGAUGCCAGGGUCGCCUCCUGGGAGGAACUCAGGGACACAUUUGUGGAGGGCCUUGAUAUCUGUCGCCUUGCCUGGCUGAAUGAUGCUACGGUAGCCCAUCUCAUCCACAUUGCCAGGGAGUACUGCCCUGAUGUGGGCGUGGUUCAUGGUGGCAGCAUUGAGUUCUCUGAGAAACAUGACGUCUGGUGCACCCCCAUCAAUAGCAACAAACUUGAGUGUGAAACAUUCAAACAAUUCACCUGUGACAAUGGGUUGUGUGUUCCCCGCUGGGCCCUGUGUAACGGCAUCAACAACUGUGGAGACAACAGUGAUGAGGACCACUGCAGGCCAACCUUCCUGCUACCAGGCGCACAGGGCCAGUAUAACCUGACCUUCAGAGCAGCAGAAGCUGAAUGUAACAAGUUUGACGCUCGAGUGGCGCAGUGGGAAGAUCUACUCCAUGCCUGGGACCAGGGAAUGGACAUCUGUCGUUUGGGCUGGCUUCAAGAUGGAACAGUAGGAUUUCCCAUCCACAGCCCACGGGCCCAGUGUAAGGGAGGGGAGAGUGCUAAAGGCAUUCAACACUUUGGCAGCCAGAUGCACGACUCCAAGUACGAUGUCUACUGUAUCUUCAGGAAUGGAGACAGUGAUUGCAACACCAUCAACCAGUUUACCUGUGGGAAUGAGCUGUGUGUUCCCUUCUGGCUCAAGUGUGAUGGGGUUGAUAACUGUGGGGACAACAGUGAUGAGAACACCUGUGUGCCAGACAUUCUUGACUGCACCAAUGGCCUUGCUGAGGAGGACUGUGACCUGCUGACCAGACUUCUGGACGCCAUGCUGGCCGACCUGCAGGAGGAGAUGGGGAAGAUCAAACCUGGAGACGGAACCGUGGUGGUGGCUCCGGGGGAUGCUAAGGAACGACUGGAGCAACUGGCACAAAAUAUCAAUGAUCUGAAAGACCAGAUCAAGUCAUGGUCCUCCCCUGAUAUGGACAAACUCAGAGAUGCGAUCAAGGAAGCUGAUGAGCAGGAUGCCACACCCCUCAUUCCCAAGGCUGAACGUGUUGAGAGGAAUGGAGAGUCUGUGGACAACAAUGCAGACAACACCAAGGACAGGGCUGAUGAUCUGGAACGGCAGAUGGAUGCACUGAAACAGAAGAUGGAUGAGAUAAAGGCUGCCCUGGACAAAAAGACUGGAAGUGCUGAUGUCAUAGACCUGCAGGACCAGCUGAGAGAGGCUCGAGCAAUCCUGCAGGAAAUCCAGCAGCGGAAGGAGGACAACGUCAACUUCAAACCCCGCAAGGAGGCAGCAACUGAGGAGAAAACAGAAGCUGAUAAAUUGUCCACAGAUGUAGAUGAUUGGCUGAAGCAGAGCUCCACGGGAUCUUUUGUCAAGAUUGAUGCAGAGCUGCGGAAGUUUACUGAUGGUUUGGAUGACCUUGCACAGGCUAUUGACCAGGCAGAAGAUAAGACCAAGCAAGCCAAUGAUCUGAACCGUGCCAAUGCAGACCGUCCUGACAAGAACCUGAUGAAUGAUGUGGAUGUUAAGCACAAUGAGCUGAAGGAUGCCAUUAACGAUGCCAAGGCCACCCGCGAUGAGGCCAAGACUGUUCAUGACAUGGGAAGGUCUCUUCAGCAAGCCCUAGAGAACAAGAAUGUGCAGCUGACAGCUGCUAAAAUUGCCAUCCAGAACAAAGUAAAUGAACUUGGAGAUAUCCCAGCACUGGAAGCCAAGGUCAAGGAGGCUGAGGAGCAUGCUGAGACUCUGGAGGAAAGAGCCAAGAACAUGGAACAACUGAAGUCCAGUGGUGGUGAGGCCUCCAAGAAGGCUGUGGAAGUGAUUGACGCCUACACAAGUGUGGCCAAUAAAAUCAACGAUGCCGAAGCUGCGGCAAAUGAUGCCAGGAGGGCAGCAAAUGAUGCCAAAACUAUUGUUGAUGAUGGGAACUUUGUGGUUGAGGCACGGAAUUCCAAACGGAGGAGUGAAGACAAACAGAAUCAAGCAACGGAUCAGAAGAACAAGGUCGACAAUGAACUGAAGCCCAGACUGGAGGCUGGUCGCCAGGCUACAGAAGCCAUUCAGAACGGGCUGAACAGUGGCAGGACUCUGCUCGCCGACAUCACUAGGCAACUCGACAACCUGGAACUUACAGAAUCAGUGGAUCGGGCAAAGAUGGAGAAAGCAGCAAACCGAGCCACACGGACAGAUAGCACAGUGAAUGACAUCAUCUCGGGCAAGUACGCCGAGGACAACAACAUGCGUGGGAACCUGAAGAGUGUGCAAGAGAUGGAGAACUCUGUCGGAGUCAGCAGUGGUGGAGGGGGAACAGGCGACCUCAGCGGUGUCAGGGCCAACUUGAACACGGUCAGGGCCAGUCUCCAGCAGGUGACCAGCCUGCGGGCCGAGCUGAGCGCCAGGUUCACAUCCAUCAGCAGCUCCUUCAACCAGGUGACUGGGAACCUCCGGGCCAUCCAGGAGAUGGUCAGGAAGGCCAGGGCACAGGUCAACGAGAUUGGGAUCCCGAUGAACUUUGGCAGGCGGUCAAGUGGUGCUGGAGGCGGAACCACUGUACAGCUCAACCAGCCCGCUAUUCUUCAGCGAUUGGCCAACCACAAGAACUACUUCACAAUGUCCAUGGAGAUCAAACCUACACAACAAGAUGGAACUAUCCUCUUCCUGGGAGACCCUACAAAUGCAAAUGGAGGAUUCUUUGCCCUGGAACUGAUUGACGGCAGGGUUCGUGCCUCCACCAAACUCAGCAGUGCCAGCCCAUUCUCUGUCGCCUCGAGGGGCCAGGUAGCCAUGAACAGAUGGAGCUGGAUCAAUGUAGAAAGGGUUGCUAACCGCAUGGAGGUGACCGUGUCAGCAGACAGGGAGGAGACAACAGGCGGAACAGAUGGCUCCAACUUCAUCCUGUUGGACCUACCCGCAGGCUCAGGGCUGUAUAUGGGAGGGGUCCCCGCUGGAUCCAAUCUCCAUGCAAGUCUGCGGGGAAAUGGAUUUUCAGGCAACAUUGAUGAGCUGAAAUUUGGAGAAACUCCGUUAAGUCUUUGGAACUUCCAGGCAGCUGCUGGCAUGUUGUCCCCUGGGACUCCUCCUGACAAGGAAAGGGGAGUCACAACCACAUUUGAUGGCUUUUACUUUAAUGGAGGAUCGUACGGUUACACCAAACCUGAUGCGACCAAAAAUGUGGACAUCUUCGGGACUGAGAAAAGAAUCCAGGUGUAUGUCAAACCAGCAAGCGAGCAGGGACUCAUCUUUUUCAUCGGAGACAAGUCCUACUUCAUUGCUGUGGAGUUGAUUGAAAACAGAUUUGUGGCCAAGGUGAAGCUGGGUGAUGGAACCACACCAAUCAUUGUACAGACGGACAAAACCCUGAAAGAACUGAUGAAACAAGAAUUCAUCAAUGUCAUGCUAACGUCCAACACAAGGUUGUGCCGUAGACAAGGAAUCUCCAGUGGUCUGGCACUGUUCAUUGGUCGGGAUCUCUACUGUGAGAAGAUGACCGUCCCUGGAGGGUCUCGGGAGAUCGGCAGCCAGGUGUACAUGGGUGGCCUGCCAGAUAACCUCUGGCCAGAUGAGUUAUCCAAGAACUUUUACGAGGGCUGUGUGAAGAACCUGCAGGUGCAGCGCCAGGACAAGCAGAUCGAGGUGACCGGAGGAGUCAUCGGAGGAUGUCCAGCUCUGGUCCAUGAACUUCAGUUUUCAAAUGCACAAACAAGUUUCCUGAGGAUGGACUGGGUAAGGACAGGGACAUACCAAAACUUUGUCGCCACAUUUGCCUUCAAAACCACCACCCCCAAUGGCCUGAUGCUGUACGGGAAGGGAGAUGGAGAGAAGAAAUCCUGGGCAGUCUCCAUGAACAGGGGAAACAUUAUCUUUGCCAUCUUUGGAGACCCGAACCGUGGCGCACAUCGUGUUGUGAGCCAGAAGCAGUAUAGUGAUGGGAAGGAGCACUAUGUGCGAGUCGCUAAAGUCGGCGAGGCCUUAACGAUGUCAGUGGAUGACAUUGAGGAGCCCGGCAGCACCAUGGAGAAUGAAAUUCUGCAGACCCCAGAGCUGCUGCUAGGGGGCCCCGCUCCUGACAUGGACCAACUCACCCCAGGAAAUGCCUGGCUGGUGGAAAACAACGACCACUUUGUGGGCUGCAUCAAGCAUCUUCUGGUCUCAUAUGAUGACUUCAAAGGAGUGGUGGUGGACUUUGUGAACAACAAGGACCGCAAGGACGUCAGCUAUGGUGCCUGUAAUAUCUGAUCCAAUUCGAAUGACAAUAAUGACAACUUCAAGUUUAGUUACAGGCCAAAAACAAUAUAGAUAACACAUAAUUCUUCAGAAUGUUCUUUGUAGCACAGUGAAGUGAAAACCUGCUCAAAGUUGUCAUUUCUGCUUUAUACUACAAAAAAGCUGUCAUUUUAGCACACCACAUCAUUUCUACCAACAACCUGGUCUUACAAAUCUAAGUCUAUCUAUUCUUUUCCACGAAUGGCAUCAAUGUUAACGUUUUGCAGUGACCAGCAUGUAUUUCAGUUUCCUUUCUGUGGGAUUUUUGUGUCAAAAUGUCCCUUCGAUAUGAAGUCAAA